GCACAUGGAAACGUGUUUUGGUGGAGUUUAGCAAAAAAAAAAAAGCUGUCUGGUUUGAUCAGUUUUGUUGGUGUAACUUAAAAGUAAAGAUUUCUUUUCUUUUACUUAAGUUUAACCGGAUAUGUGUUUAUAAAUCAUUUCCACCCAACGUUAAUGUGAAUUGAAUAAAUAGCUCUAUAAUCCAAAUUGAAGAAGUAGCUCUCAAGCAACUCGGGUGGAAAAAGCAUGAAGAAGAAGCAGCAGGCUGCAAAGAGUGAGGCGGUGGUUGCUGAUGCUACUGAGCAGAAGGGUUAUGUUGUUGGCUUGGUAUCAGACAGCCUGACUGCAGAGAAGACCACACCGGGGACUCUGUCCUCGCUAUUUUCAGUUGCAGCCACAAAGAAUACACUGGUCUUCAGUCCAGCACCUAAACCAACGACAAAGAGCAGCCCUGUUAAUCUGGAAGCAGCUCGAGUGCCAGACAGUGAAGCAGCGAAACAGAAGAAGACGAAACAAAAAUCAGCAGCUGAGAAGAAGCUGGAGGACAGGGAAGAAGCAUUAAAAAAUGCAGACGAUGCUGAAGAGGAAAAACGUCCAAAGAAAGCAAAGCGCAAAUCUCCAGCAGCAAACGACGAUGGAGAAACGGCAGAAGAGGUGCUAGCAGCAAAACGGCGUAAAGUUGCCUGGAACAAAGCGGAAGAGAGAAUUAAACUGAAAAGAACCGUGUUUGUCGGCAACCUGCCUGUUAACUGCUCAAAGAAGGAUUUGAAAAACAUCUUCAAGGAUGUGGGAGCCAUCGAGUCAGUGCGAUUCCGCUCAGUCCUUCGGGAAGAUCCGACAAUGUCCCGCAGACUCGCUACCAUCCGACGCCAAGUGGACCCUAAAAAAGCAAGCAUAAAUGCCUACGUGGUGUUCAAGGAAGACAACGGGGCAGCAAACGCCCUACAAAGGAAUGGAACGGAGAUCCAGAAAGAUGUUUACAUCAGAGUCGAUCGGGUUUCCCAGCACGGCUCACAUGACCACAAGAGGUCUGUCUUUGUGGGUAACCUCCCAUAUGAUAUAAUGGAACUGUCUUUGCGCCAGCACUUUGAGGAGUGUGGUAAAGUAGAGGCUGUGCGAUUAGUGAGGGACCGAAACACUGGCGUGGGAAAAGGCUUCGGUUAUAUUCUCUUUGAGAGCACAGAUGCCGUCAUGUUAGCACUGAAGCUGAACGGCUCCCAGCUGCUCGACCGGAAGAUCAGGGUGAAGCGCUCGGUGAAGAAGGAGAAGGUGAAAAAGGAGAACGAGAAGAGAGGAAGAGGGCCAGCAGGAAAAGGAGAGAAAGGACAACAGGGACAAAAUGCAGCAAGGAGGAGAGGACCACAGCCAGCAAGCUUUAAAGGACCCAAGCAUUCUGAAAGCAGCAAACACACAGGAAAGUCCUUUAAGAAACAUCCUGGGAUGGGCAACCAAACUCCAAGCUCUUUCAGAGGAAAUAUGGCAGAUCCUGCUUCUAAAAAGGGCAAAGGACUGCGAAAGAAAUUCAGUGUAAAGAAAAAGUCUAAAGCUGUUCAUAUUUAGUUCGUUUCUUAAACCUUGUUUUAUUGCGAUGAAAGUUAGACUGAAAGGUAACUGCAAAGAUUCCGAUUCAUCCAUUAGUUUAUUGGCUUAAAAAAAGAGACUCCAUUAUAUUAAUAUUGACCUCGAUAAGAGAAGACACAAACACCUUCAAAUGUACUGCAGUGUCAGAAAGAUACAGAAAGUCUAGAGUGUAGAAAAAAAACAUGAAUAACGAAUAAAAAUCCUGCGCUUUAGACACGGGUCUGUACAACAAAGCUCAAUUAAUUUGCUGUAGAUCUCUAGAGAUUCACUACAAAUAGUUAAAUUAAAUAGUGUUGAGUUCAGCACUAGAUUCCUGGCAAAUCAAUUGAGCUUUGUAGUUCAGUCUAAAGGUGUGUGUGUGUGUGUGGGACUGGAUUGGUUUUGUUUUUUGUGUUAAAUCACCACUCGAAUGACCUUAUGAUGUAUUAACUUUCUCCAAACAGUGAACUGUAUGAUAGUGUUAUAGAUUUAACCACCGUGUGUGUAUGCUUAUUGAUCCAAAGUAAAUACUAUGGUUAACUCCUGUAA